AUGGCGAGAGGAAGCCAGCCAGACAGAGAGCCGGGAAAGAGCACCAAGGAGAGAAAGAACAGCCAAUACCAAGGGCCCGGGGUAGAAGGGGAUCGGCUGCCGAUCCUGGCCUCGUCGGUGGUCAGCCUGUACUUCCUGGAGCUCACGGAUGUCUUCAAGCCCGUGCACUCGGGGUUCAGCUGCUAUGACCGCAGCCUCAGCAUGCCCUACAUCGAGCCCACCCAGGAGGCCAUCCCGCUGCUCAUGCUGCUGAGCCUGGCCUUCGCGGGGCCUGCCAUCACGAUCAUGGUGGGGGAAGGCAUUCUCUACUGCUGCCUGUCCAAGCGGAGGAACGGCGUGGGCCUGGAGCCCAACAUCAACGCCGGGGGCUGCAACUUCAACUCCUUCCUCAGAAGGGCCGUCCGAUUCGUCGGUGUUCACGUGUUCGGCCUGUGCUCCACGGCCCUCAUCACUGACAUCAUCCAGCUGGCCACGGGGUACCAGGCGCCCUACUUCCUGACGGUGUGCAAGCCCAACUACACCUCCCUGAACGUCUCCUGCAAAGAAAACUCCUACAUCGUGGAAGACAUCUGCUCGGGCUCGGACCUCACCGUCAUCAACAGCGGCAG